GAGACGUUAUGUUAUUGAUCGGAGCCCAGAGGCCCAGUGUUUUUUAGAACGGCAGCAGAAGUCAUAGCUGUAGCUACAGAGCGAGAGAGAGAUGGCUUCGUACGUCGAACCAUUGGACGUGGAGGUGGAGCUUCUAAACGACGACCGAAUGGAGGAAUACUCUGACCCCUUGCCGCCCAGAAUCGUUUACGGAGCCCCCCAACGAUCUAUUGAUGGUUGGAUCAUCUUGGUUACUGGAGUUCAUGUUGAGGCACAAGAGGAUGAUAUCCAUAAUGCUUUUGCUGAUUUUGGAGAGGUCAAAAAUUUACAUCUCAAUCUUGAUCGUCGCUCUGGUUUUGCCAAGGGCUAUGCACUGAUCGAAUACGAGGAAUUCCAACCAGCUAAGGAUGCAAUAUCCACCAUGAAUGGGGCUGAACUUUUAACCCAAACCAUCUUUGUUGAUUGGGCCUUCAGCAAGGGCCACAACAAACAGAGAAGUUUUGGAAGGCCACCGCAUCCUCGCCGUUCCAGGAGUCCACGGAGGAGACACUGAUCCAGAAGUAAAGUUUUCUCUAUUGGAUUCGACACCUAUAGUAACUGUUCUAGGUGAUGUUUGUUUUCCAAAGUAAAUGUUGGGUGAUGUUAAUGUACUUUAGUUGGCUGCUAGUAGUAGCCUUGAUCUCGUUUCGAGUUUGGCAAAACAAGGAUGUUCUAAAACCAGGCUGCUAGUAUUGCUUUAGAUUUACGA